ACACUCGCAUUUUGAAAAAAGAAGGCAAGACAUCUUCGAUCCUCCUCCUCCUCCUUCUCCUUCUUCCCUAUCUCUUUCAAUUUCACCUCCGUUUCCUUCUCCCUCUCGGAAGCGUCGCUUGUUGUAUAUGUUCUUUUCCGACGCAUUCACACCUCGCAAUCUUGAUCCGACCCGAUCCAGCUUCAAACAAUGGGCGCCUACAGAACCGAAGAUGACUACGACUACCUCUUCAAAGUGGUUCUGAUCGGAGACUCUGGCGUUGGCAAAUCCAACCUCCUCUCUCGAUUCACUCGAAAUGAGUUCAGCCUCGAGUCUAAAUCCACGAUUGGGGUUGAAUUCGCCACGCGCAGCAUUAGUGUCGACGACAAGAUGGUCAAGGCCCAGAUUUGGGACACUGCUGGCCAAGAAAGAUAUCGGGCAAUCACGAGUGCAUACUAUAGAGGAGCUGUUGGUGCUUUACUUGUUUACGAUAUCACUCGGAACAGUACAUUCGAAAAUGUCGAGAGAUGGUUGAAGGAGUUGAGAGAUCACACAGAUUCUAAUGUUGUCGUCAUGCUUGUUGGUAACAAAGCAGACCUACGGCACUUACGAGCGGUGUCCACUGAAGAUGCAAAAUCCUUUGCGGAAAAGGAAAAUACUUUCUUUAUGGAGACAUCUGCCCUCGAGUCUAUGAAUGUUGAGAAUGCAUUCACCGAGGUGCUAACCCAAAUAUAUGGCGUGGUUUGUCGAAAAGCACUUGAAGCAGCAGGGAAUGGUUCUGCAGAUUUGCCCAAGGGACAAAGCAUAAAUGUUGGGGGUAAGGACGAUGUUUCAGAUGUUAAGAAAGCUGGCUGCUGCUCGUCUUAAAAUAAGUGACUAUAAUCAAUGAAGUCUUGCUGAUUGUAUUGCCAUUAUUUUCCACCCAAAAAAAAUAUAUUAUAGCUGAAUUUGAUGCAUAAUGAUCGUGUUUUUUACCAGACCUUGGGCAUGUCGGAAGAUGAUUAGAGGUUUGAGUGGUAGAAAUAUGACAUUUAUGUGGCUUUGAUUGGUCAAUAUUUCGGUCUCAUGUUCGUUCACUUUUUUUUUUUUUUCACACUUCAGAUCUUCGGCUUUAUUGCUGUACUUUGUUGCCCUAGUUUAGGAACAGUCUAUUAUAUAUGAACUAUUUUAAAUUUCUAGUUGA